AUGGGGGGGGGGGAGGGAAACUGGCGAUGGAGCUCGAGUCCUCUAUCACGGUGGAGGACUGGCCUCGAGUCCUCUAUCACGGUGGAGGACUGGCGGCAUGCGCUCUCUCAGGUGGUGCCUUCUGUCGCCGUCCUCCGCACCACCGCGCCGCAGGCAUUCGACACCGAGGUCAUCGGCGCCAGCUACGCCAUGGGCUUCGUCGUCGACAAGUCCCACGGCAUCAUCCUCACCAACCGACAUGUCGUCAUGGCCUGUUGUCACGGAGGCAAUGUUCGUGAACAGGGAGGAGAUCCAUUCUAUCCCUUGUACAGAGAUCCUCCUGCACAUGCAUCGGUUGCUGAGGGAGAUCGAGAAGAAAAGAGGAGCUUGCUGCUUGGUGCAGAGCAGCAGCAGCAGCAGUUGUUUUCCUCCUCUUGGUCACCGGUUCAAGAUUUGAAGGCUAGUAGCAGGCUGCAAACUGUUUUCUCUUCUUCGGUGACAACAGCUCGGUGUCUUUGCUUCCCUGUUUUGAUUUGGAGAAUCCGGAGAGUACCGAGCCAUAUCCAGAGGAGGAUAGUGACUACCCUCAGCAGGAAGGUGAGGAUUCCGGGUAUGAGUUGUGCUUCUUGUGUGGUCACUGCUCUGCCGGGGGUGGCGAGGGCAGUGAGUGAUCCCUUCUCUUGCAGCUUGGCUCUUGCCCGGUUGGUUUGCCCUUGUGGGGUUGUGGCACCACCGGCUUUCGUUUUAUGCUUAUGAGCUUUAUUUGAGUCUUCCGCUGCUACUCAUUCUGUGUAUGUUGGGACCUUGGACCCUAUGUUGUAUCAUGUAC